AUGUGGCUCACACGUGUUGUGCUAGUACUAGUUGUAAGUUAUUAUUGUGUGUGCAGUGUUUACGGCAAGAAAUACGAGACUAGAUGCAAGUUGGUGAGAGAGUUGUUGAGAGUUAGCGUUCCUAAUGAUUUGUUUCUCGGACAAUGGGUCUGCCUAAUAGAAAAAGUGAGCAAUAGAAACACCAGUGCGUACACGGUCAGUCCCAGCGGAAAAAAGUUUUAUGGCUUAUACCAGAUACCAAGUAAAUGGUGUAAACUACAGAAACCUGGCGGCGAUUGCAACAUAAAAUGUGAAGAUUUACUCGACGAUGACAUUCGCGACGAUACAGCUUGUGCUGUGAAAAUUUAUCACCAAGAAGGUUUCAAAUACUGGACGGUGUGGACUACGAGGUGCAAGAAUGAUAACUUCAUCACCAAUGAGAUUUAUAAAUGCCCUGAUUUACGGUUUAGUUUAGACCGCAGCUCACCAGUCAACACUCAACCACAAAAUCGUCAUGGGAUUCAUAAACGUUCCGAAAAUUCAUCCCUUCAUUCAAUUCUAAAACGUAGCAUUCUGCAGGCUCUUCAAAGUCACCGGGUUGAAGAACAGUCUAGACACAUUAAUUAA